UUUUGGAAUUAGUAUCACAUCAGCGGUCAAAGCGUGCAGUUUUCUUUCUGUUCGCACGCACAGUGUAUACAUUUAUUUAGGAACAAAAAUACGUAUCGAAAAUGGCAAAGGAUAAUCUGACAGCGGUGUUGCAUGGGAUUGAGGACUUGCGUUUGGAACAACGACCCAUACCAACAAUUUCUGAUGAUGAGGUUUUGAUAUCCAUGGACAGCGUCGGCAUUUGCGGGUCAGAUGUUCAUUAUUUGACGCAUGGGCGUAUCGGCCACUUUGUAAUGACUAAGCCCAUGAUCAUUGGCCACGAAAGUGCUGGCGUUGUGGCAAAAGUUGGCAGUAAUGUUCGAAAUCUGGUGGUGGGAGAUCGUGUGGCGAUUGAGCCAGGAUAUCCCUGUGCCAAGUGUGUACUUUGCAAGGAGGGAAAAUACAAUCUCUGUGCAGAUAUGGUGUUCUGUGCUACGCCCCCCUACGACGGUAGUCUGACCCGAUACUACAAACAUCCUGCGAACUUUUGCUUCAAACUACCAGAUCACGUCACAAUGGAGGAGGGCGCCUUACUAGAACCAUUGUCGGUGGGCGUGCAUGCCUGCCGUCGUGCUAAUGUAGGCCUUGGUUCCAAGGUGCUAAUUCUAGGAGCAGGUCCAAUUGGAUUAGUUACACUACUCGUUGCUCAAUCUAUGGGUGCUACAGAGAUUUUAAUUUCGGAUUUAGUGCAGGAUCGUCUGGAUGUAGCCAAAAAACUGGGAGCCACAUAUACGAUGCUACUUAAUCGGGAUGAUCCCGCAGAACAGGUCCAGCAGCGUAUUCAUGAUAUAAUGAGUGAGGCGCCUAAUGCAUCAAUUGAUUGCUGCGGAGCCGAGUCCAGCACCCGGGUGGCGAUUUUUUCAACGCGAUCCGGUGGAGUCGUUGUCGUCGUAGGUAUGGGCCCGGCAGAUAUUAAGCUUCCAUUGUUUAACGCGCUGGCCCGAGAGGUAGACAUUCGUGGAGUUUUCCGUUAUUGUAAUGACUAUGCCGGCGCUUUGGCGUUGGUAUCUUCUGGUAAGGUGGACAUAAAGCGGCUUGUCACACAUCAUUUUGAUAUCAAGGAAACUGCAAAGGCCUUUGAGACAUCCCGGUAUGGUCUGGGCGGAGCCAUCAAAGUUAUGAUACACGUACAGCCAAGGAACACCAAUAAUCCUGUCAAGUUUUAAAUUAAAAUAUAUUACAACAGCAAAUAUUGCAUUACCAGAUAAAUACAAUAAUGGAAAAAUAAAUAAUAAGUUUCUAGAAAAA